AUGACAACACUUAGAAUACUUGCUAAAGGAGACUACUUAUCUGAGGUUGCAGAUAUACAUGGCAUAUCAAUUACGUCUUCUUCUAGAAUUGUACACACAGUAUGUGACGCCAUAUGCAGCAGAAUGCACAACAUCAGAUUCCCUACUGAUCCAGCCCAGCAGCGGGACAUCAAGGAGAAAUUCUAUCAGAUUUGUGGAUUCCCAAACGUGCUUGGAGCAAAAGAUGGCACGCUGAUUCCCAUACAAGGCAUGGCAGGUGUUGAUGAGCCCAACUUUGUUUGCAGGAAGCAAUUCCAUGCCAUAAAUGUGCAGGCUAUUGCUGACGCAGAUUUGAGGUUCACAAACAAAGUAGUGAAAUGGCCAGGAGCGACUCAUGAUGUGUUUAUAUUGAGCAAUUCCAGUAUGCCACAGAUAAUGGAAGACAUGAAUGGGUGGCUACUAGGGGAUUCUGGCUAUCCUUUGAAGAAAUGGCUUAUGACUCCUCUGUUGAACCCACAAUCUGAGAAAGAAAUUCGUUAUAACAAGGCUCACUGUAAAACCAGAAACACUGUUGAAAGGGCCUUUGGUGUACUGAAGGCUCGUUUCAGAUGUCUUCAUAAAACUGGAGGUAGCCUUCAAUUUAAUCCACCAAAAUCCUGUAAGAUGAUUGGAGCUUGUUUCAGGUUAAACAACAAGGCAUUAAAAGAAGGAAUACCAGUACCAGAUGGAGAAAACCAACUGCAAAUACAGCACCAUCAACAUAUACUACAACAAGACCAACCUAAUGAAGGAAAUCGAAUUAGAGCACAACUCAUUCAAAGAUUUUAG